AUGAGACUCUAUUGGAAAUGUGCAGAGAAAAUGAGAUGUUUCCGGAAGCGUUCAACUGUUCCACUGUUAGCUUUCCUUGCGAUUUGUCUCCUUUGUCUCAAUCUGUUUCUGGAAGAGGACCGAUAUGUCAUGGAAGGAGAACGGAGACUUUCUAGAGAAUUGACUUCUCAUCAACUUAACUCUGAAAAAUAUGUCCAUACUUUCAAAGAUUUAACUAACUUUUCAGGAGCAAUAAAUGUCACCUAUCGUUACCUUGCAGGAUUUCCUAUAGCUAGAAAAAAAUAUUUAACAGUAGGACUAUCAUCUGUGAAAAGGAAACGAGGUAACUACCUACUAGAAACAAUUAAAUCCAUUUUUGAUCAGUCCAGCUAUGAAGAGCUGAAUGAAAUUAUAGUUAUUGUGCACUUAGCAGACUUUGAUCUGUCGUGGUGUGAAAAUGUUGUCCAAGACGUCUCCAGAAAAUUUGCUCAUCACAUUAUAUCUGGCCGAUUGAUGGUUAUUCAUACUCCUGAGGAGUAUUACCCCAGUUUAGAUGGCCUCAAAAGGAACUAUAAUGAUCCAGAAGAUCGUGUAAGAUUUAGAUCUAAACAGAAUGUAGAUUAUGCUUUUCUACUUAACUUUUGUGCUAAUUUGUCAGACUACUAUGUCAUGUUGGAAGAUGACGUACACUGCUCUAAAAACUUCCUAUCAGCCAUUAAAAAAGUAAUUACCUCAAGAGAAGGCUCCUACUGGGUGACACUAGAGUUUUCUAAAUUAGGUUAUAUUGGAAAACUCUACCAUUCCUGUGACCUGCCACGACUGGCACAAUUUUUACUAAUGUUUUAUCAGGAAAUGCCAUGUGAUUGGCUACUCAUCCAUUUCCAAGGAUUGCUUGCCCAGAAAGAUAUCAUACGGUUCAAGCCUUCAUUGUUUCAGCACAUGGGAUAUUAUUCCUCCUUCAGAGGGACUGAAAACAAACUUAAAGAUGAUGACUUUGAAGAGGAUUCCUUUGAUAUUCCUGACAAUCCACCUGCAACUCUUUGUACAAAUAUGAAUGUGUUUGAACACUACAAUCCCAGUAAAGCAUACAGCAGUGUUGAUGAAUACUUCUGGGGAAAAUCAGCUUCAGCUGGAGAUUAUUUCAUUAUUGUGCUCGACAAACCUGCUAAAAUUGAUAAACUGAAAAUCCAAACAGGCACAGACGACAGACAAAAUGACAUCUUGCAUCAUGGAAGACUGGAGGUUGGCCAAAAUUUGCUGAUGGUGAAGAAGGAAAAGCAAUGUUCUAGCUACACCAUGCUAGGGGAAUUUAAACAUGGAAAUAUUGAGAUAAAGGAUAUUGGCCACAAGGUUAACUUUGACAUUCACUGUAUUCGAAUACUGGUAACAGAAAGCCAGAAAGAAUGGCUGAUUAUUAGGAGUAUCAGCAUUUGGACCAGUCAGACAUCCAUUUAG